CGAUGAUCAACAGACCUUCGGCAGCCCAGAACAUCUUUCCUCUCCCCUCCUGUAUCUUCUAGGAUAUUCUGAUAUCCCUGGCUUCUUCAGUGACAAUCAUGGUGGCUACCCAGAAACUCUACCCUCGCGCAACAGUCAAGCGCAUUGUCAAAGCCCACUCGAAUCGAAACGUGAGCAAGAACGCCGAUAUUCUGAUUUUCCUUGACUAUAUGCUUUUCAUGCAGGAAUUAAUGCGCGAAUCGUCAAUCCGCUCGCGAAAGGCAGGCGAAAAGAAUAUCUCUGCGAAUUCUGUCCGAAAAGUCACUGAGGGAACACUGCGAAAAUUCAAGGGUUAAUCGAAAGACCCUCCGCUCCGCCUUCAUUCGUAUAUUGGCCGUGUUUGUGGGAUGUGCGCUGGACCUACAAGGGCGUUUGACUGGAAGAAACUGUUACUGUGCGAUUAUUGUUCUUGUUUGAUGUUAGGUCCCAUCUAUCUUGGUUGGGGGGAAAUAGUUUGAGGGCGUUAUUUGAGUCUUAUGAUACCAAGCCGAAGCAUCAUGCUUCCAAAUACAUACAUAUUUAGUUAGUAUUUGAUACUUGAAACUGUCCCUGCUGGUAAAUGACAGCUAGCAUGGAAAUUGAGUGCUGUAGUCCCCAAUGCGACAACUGUUUGGACGCAGUUUCUGCCUGGCUGGGUUCUUUGUUUGGAUUGAUCGACUGCAAUACGCGACAAAGCGGGC